AUGGGUCUUUGGCCAAACUUGCUUUUGAUCGCAGCAGCUUCAUUCUUUUUCAGUGCCGCCACAGCUUGCUCCAAUGGAGAAUGCAGGCUGCUGGACCCAUGCACAUCCGAUGGAGAUUGCGAAGCAGGACUGUAUUGUUUCUCUUGCCCCCAAGGAUUUUCAGGCUCUAGAUGCGUUAGAUCAACCACUACAAACCAAUUCAAGCUCCUCAACAACUCUCUUCCUCUUAAUAAAUAUGCGUUCUUGACAACCCAUAAUGCCUUUGCUAUCGAGGGAGAGCCAUCUCACACAGGAGUUCCUCGGAUUCCCUUCAUUACAAAUCAAGAAGACAAUGUCACUCAACAGCUAAAUGAUGGAGUUCGCGGCUUAAUGCUAGAUACAUACGAUUUUGAAGGAGAUGUAUGGUUGUGCCAUUCUUUUGGGGGAAAAUGCCAUGAGUUUACUGCAUUUGAACCCGCUAUACUUACAUUGAAGGAAAUUGAAGCUUUUUUAUCAGCAAACCCAGCAGAAAUUGUGACAUUGAUCUUAGAAGACUAUGUUCAAACCCCGAAUGGACUGACAAAGGUUUUCACCGAUGCCGGAUUGAUGAAAUAUUGGUUUCCAGUGACAAAUAUGCCAAAAAAUGGAGGAGAUUGGCCCCUAGUCAGUGACAUGGUUGCUAAAAACCAAAGGCUCCUUGUAUUCACUUCAGUUAGGUCAAAGGAACAAAGUGAAGGCAUUGCUUACCAGUGGAAUUACAUGGUUGAAAAUCAGUAUGGAGAUGGUGGAAUGCACGCAGGAAAUUGUGCCAAUAGGGCAGAAUCAUCACCGCUUGAUGACAACACUAAGUCUUUGGUAUUGGUGAAUUAUUUUCCAAGUAUUCCCGUUGAUCUAGCUGCAUGCGGACAGAACUCGGUGGAUCUCAUUAACAUGCUCCAUACUUGUUUUGCUUCCGCCGGCAACCGUUGGGCUAACUUUGUUGCCGUUGAUUUUUACAGGAGAAGUGAGGGAGGAGGACCAUUUCAAGCUGUGGACACUCUGAAUGGGGAGCUGCUGUGUGGGUGUAACGAUGUCCGCGCAUGUGUGCCUGGAUCAACUUCACCUGCUUGCUCUGCGUGA